UCGAAUAAACAUCGAGUUUUGUGCCAUCUCUCUGUCGUGCGCUCGCGGCGCAAUUAAGAAAUAAUUGUGAAAAUAUCUGCGAAUUGUUAAAAACGCCCAUUCGGAAAGCGCAAAAUUUUCGCGAAGACGGCGCGCGAGUAGCAUAAGUAAAUGGCAAUAUAAACAGUGAAAAAUUAAUGAAAAUUUCUGCGUUUUGUUGCGUCUGCCCUGGUGAAUGUGUGUGUUGAAUGAAUAAAACCCCCUAACUGUCUAUAAAAAUACCCCCCGAAAUUGUGCCAAAAAAAAUAGUAUACUGGAGAUCGCAGAGAUAUAUCAAAUCGGAUAACAACUACAACAACGUGGGAUAGGAUUGUCUUAUAGUCUCAUCUAGUUUCUGGUGUUGUUGUUGUUAGAUUACCUUUUUUUUCGUUGGAAAAGUUUGUGCAGCAGCAGCUCUGAAUGUCUUUAUGCUUUAAUCAUGGUGUAUUUCGCCACCAACAACAACAACACCGACACUAUACGCUGCUAUAUUAGAAUCUUUCUGAUAACGAACCAUGACAGAAGGACAUGAAAGCGACUUCUUAGUAACAGUACGCGCACAGGUAAUGACCAGAGACGAGAGCACCGAGGGCUGGCUUCCGCUGGCCGGGGGUGGCCUGGCCAACGUUUCUAUCCGGAAGCGGGCUAGGCUAUCCCCAUUGGCAUCGGGUCAUGACUACAUCAUCUACGGACAAAGGAUAUCCGAUCAGAGCGUUAUAUUGAGCUGUGUGAUCAAUCGAGAUCUGAAGUAUUACAAAGUAAUGCCCACAUUUCACCAUUGGCGCGCAGGGAAACAGCGCAACGGACUCACAUUUCAAACGGCCGCCGAUGCGAGGGCCUUUGACAAGGGAGUCCUGCGCGCCUACAACGAGCUGAUCGAUGGACUGGCCAAAUCGAAUCCCACAAUAAUUUGCCCGCCGCUAACCAAAUAUGAUUCGGUUGGCGAAGAUGAUGUAUUCAUGACCCUGGACUUACCUGUGGAAAGCGAGAGUUUACAAAAGAUCCAUUCAAGCCCUGAAGGCAGCGAGAAAAGUCACAAGAGCAUCAGCAACAAUUCCGACUCGGAGAAGCUGCCCCCGCCGCCCAUUCACUACAUAUCCACGGACAAAACAUCGGCCACCACAUCGCCGCCGGACGCUCCGCCCGCAUCUGCAGCUCCAUCGCCGGCGACCGCCGGUCAGAUAGCGGCCAGUGAGAACUACUCGUACGUGACGCUGACGGCGGUGCACCACGACUACAACUACCCGGUGGUGGACCAGCCGGUGGGCGCCCAGGUGCUCAACGCGCGUCGGGAGUCGAUCAGUGCGCUGAAGAAGCGCAACGCUCUGGAGGCGGCGCAGGCGAUGGCGGCGGCCCAAACGGUGGCCAGUGGAGGUUCGGGAUCGGGGAAGGCGCUGCACAAGCCAAACGUUUCGGACAUCCUGAAGAAGGAGACGCGCCUGCGCUGCCGCUACUGCCACGAGUUGUACAGCGAGGAUGGGAACCGACGCGGCGCCUGCGAAUAUGCCCCCGAUCCCUUCCGCAGCGGCUACGAGUGCAUCUCCGGGAUGGGCUGUGCCCGCUGCAUGAUCUACCACUGCAUGAGCGACGCCGAGGGCGAGACGGCCCAGCAUCCGUGCGAUUGCAGUGCCAGCGAGGCCGGGUGCAGCAAACGCUGGCUGGGCCUGGCGAUCCUCUCGCUGUUUGUGCCCUGCCUGUGGUGCUAUCCGCCGCUCCGCGCCUGCCAUUUGGCGGGCAUCCACUGCGGACUCUGCGGCGGGCAGCACAAGCCGCAUGUCUGACAUUUGGAGGCCCGCUUGCAAGGACAGCACGAUGAUGACCCCAGGCCCAGAAGCGAAUUCCACUACCACCACACCGAGCAGACGACGGGCAGCACCAAGCGUCCGUGGGGCGUUCACAAAAAGCAGUUGCAGCCAUCGCAAUCCCAAUCGCAGCGACACUUCUACAACUGGGAGCUGUCGCACAGCCUGGGCGCCCCACAGCAGCCGCAGAUUCCGCCGUAUUUGAUGCAGCCGACCGGCAGGAAGGCGGCACAAAACGACUACGGACGCUUGCUGUUCUAGAGUGACACCUUUAAGACUCCAUUCUGGCCAACUGAUUUAUCAGUUACAUUGAUUUCCUCACCUGGCAGCCAAAGAAGUCUCUAAGAUUUCUGAAAACAGGCCAUACAAUGCUUUCUGUUGUAAAACAUAUAUUGUAAAAAUGAAAAGCUCAGCUUGAAAGAGCCGGUUGAAAAUGUUUAAAUCUCUGUAACUGGCAAGUCAGCUGGCGAGAAUGGUACUUUAGUUCGCUUUUAGUUUCAUUUCGGUAUACUCCAUUUGAAUUGCCAUAAUUUAUUGUAUAUACAAAAGCAGGAAGGAUUACGUAUCUAUUUUUAAUGUACUUUAUAAAUUGUAACUUAUGUUUAGUGCUCUCGCUUAAUUAUAGUUUUGUAAAAACAGGCUAUUUGUUUUUAUUCGUAACUGAAACAAUUUUUUUAAAAUCAAUUAUACAAU